AAUCAGUUUAACACAAUGCGUGGUUCCAUUAAAACGUUUCUCGGUUUAACAUUCAUAUUGUUUGUUAAAAAUGAAACGGAAAUUGUCGAAGGAAGAAUUUCAGAUAGAAUUAGCGAGAAAAAAUGUCAAGAAUAUUUAAAAUUGAACAUCAAAACUACGAUAACAACCACCACGACACCAAAAAGUGUAAUGAAGCCUAAUUUUCCCUUCGUUGUUGGUGGUACGAAUGCUUAUUUUGAAGAAUAUCCCCAUAUGGCUAUUUUGGGAUAUGGUCCAUCAGAAAACAUCGAAUUUAAAUGCGGUGGGAGUUUAAUCAGCGAACAAUUCAUCUUAACAGCAGCUCAUUGUUUAGAAUCAAAAGAUUUUGGACCAGUUUCCCUAGUAAGAUUAGGCGAUUUGGAUAUAGCUGCAACAAACGAAUCUGCGGAACCUCAAAAUUUUAAGAUUCAAGAAGUUUUUAGUCCCCCGGAUUACGAUUUCGAAUCUUUUUACCACGAUAUAGCUCUAAUUAAAUUAGAUCGUCCCGUGAUUUACACGCUAUACGUAAAACCUGCUUGUUUACAAUCAAAAUUAGAUUUAGAUCAUAACAAUUUAACAAUAACUGGAUGGGGAGCUUUAUAUUAUGGCGGUAAAUUGCAUACUUAUCUUCAAAAGGCUAAUUUACACAAUUUGCCGGCGCGAAAUUGUGCAAGAAGUAUUCGUGCACAACCGAGAUUAGCGAAUGGUUUCGAUGAAAAGUUGCAAAUAUGCGGGGGAGAUCCAGAAACUAUGGUGGAUGCUUGUCAUGGUGAUUCUGGUGGACCGAUUCAAAUGAAAAUUCAACAUUUACCACAAAUGUAUAGAGUUGUAGGGGUUACAUCGUUUGGAAAUAAUUGCGGAUUAGUUCCCGGGGUUUAUACAAGAGUCUCUAACUAUAUUUCUUGGAUUGAAUCCAUAGUUUGGCCAAAUUAAAUAAAUGUAUGUGUAAUU